GUGUCUCUUCAGAGAUGCUGGGCAGAGGCUGGCUCUGGUUCUGUGUCGCUCCAGAGCUGCUGGGCAGAGGCUGGCUCUGGUUCUGUGUCGCUCCAGAGCUGCUGGGCAGAGGCUGGCUCUGGUUCUGUGUCUCUUCAGAGCUGCUGGGCAGAGGCUGGCUCUGGCUCUGUGUCGCUCCAGAGCUGCUGGGACACGGGAAGAGGCUGGGCAACGCUCGGGGUGCAGCUCCUGCUGCUCCACAAACCAAGCUGGGAGCAGCAGGUUGAGUCGCCUGCUGGGAGCUGUUUUCCAGCCAUGUGCAAGGGAAGGGAGCUAAAAAUACAGCUUGUUUGCCUCCAGCUGGAGUUGAUUUAGGCAUCCCUGGCUGUUGUGGAGUGCAGCAAAGGACAGCCAGCAGUGGAAGUUUGCCGACUGUAAUUUUGCUGCUCUGCCCUCCCCACCCUGCUCCAAAAAGCAAUGGCCAGGAAAAGCAGGGAGCAGGAUGGGAUGUGAAGAGCUCCCAACCUGAGCUGCUCAGAGUUUCCACGACUUGAUUUGCCUUUUCCCCUUCAGCAGAAGCAGGCCUGGAGCUGCAGGGGAUGUUGAGAGUUUUAUCUGUGCCAUGCAGAGCAGCCCUUCUGCGUGGAAUGCCAGCACGCCCUGCCCCUUGGCAGCACAUGCAAACACAAACACGAAAUCAUGUGGUUUCCCCUGGUUUUGUCUCCAGCCUUAUGGUCCAGGUCCUGCCCUGGCUGGGCUGGAAGUUGUCAGAGGAGCUGCUGUUCCUCCUCUCCCAUCCGUCAUUCGGCUGCUGUCCCGCUGCAGUUGCAGGCUGUGCUGCAUGGGAUGUUCCUGACCACCUUCCCCGGUUUUUGAUGCUGAAUCAGGAUCGUGUUAACUAAAGAUGGAAACACUGGAGUCAGAAUUGACCUGCCCAAUCUGUCUGGAGUUAUUUGAGGACCCCCUCCUGCUGCCCUGUGCCCACAGCCUCUGCUUCAGCUGCGCCCACCGCAUCCUGGUGUCCAGCUGCUCCUCCGGCGAGUCCAUCGAGCCCAUCGCCGCCUUCCAGUGCCCGACGUGCCGCUAUGUCAUCUCCCUCAACCACCGGGGCCUGGAGGGCCUCAAGAGGAAUGUGACCCUGCAGAACAUCAUCGACCGCUUCCAGAAGGCGUCGCUGAGCGGCCCCAACUCCCCGAGCGAGAGCCGCCGCGAGAGGACCUUCCGCGGCAGCCCUACCAUGUCCGUGGCCGGCGAGAGGAUCGCCUGCCAGUUCUGCGAGCAGGACCCGCCCCGCGACGCCGUCAAGACCUGCAUCACCUGCGAGGUGUCCUACUGCGACCGCUGCCUGCGGGCCACCCACCCCAACAAGAAACCCUUCACCAGCCACCGGCUGGUGGAGCCCGUGCCCGACGCGCACCUGCGCGGGCUGACGUGCCUGGAGCACGAGAACGAGAAGGUGAACAUGUACUGUGUGGCUGACGACCAGCUCAUCUGUGCCUUAUGUAAACUGGUGGGCCGCCACCGGGACCACCAAGUGGCGUCGCUCAGCGAUCGCUUCGAGAAGCUGAAGCAAACCCUGGAGACAAAUCUCACCAACCUGGUGAAGCGCAACAGCGAACUGGAAAACCAGAUGGCCAAGCUGAUCCAGAUCUGCCAGCAAGUGGAGGUGAACACAGCCAUGCACGAGGCCAAGCUGAUGGAGGAGUGUGAUGAGCUGAUGGAGAUCAUCCGCCAGCGCAAGCAGGUCAUUGCCGUCAAGAUCAAGGAGACAAAGGUGAUGAAGCUGCGGAAGCUGGCCCAGCAGGUCGCCAACUGCCGGCAGUGCCUGGAGCGCUCCACGGUCCUCAUCAACCAGGCCGAGCACAUCCUGAAGGAGAACGACCACGCGCGGUUCCUGCAGACUGCCAGGAACGUGGCCGAGAGGGUCGCCAUGGCAACUGCAUCCUCGCAAGUCCUGAUACCAGAUAUCAAUUUUAAUGAUGCCUUUGAAAACUUCGCUUUAGAUUUUUCCAGAGAGAAGAAGCUGCUAGAGGGGCUGGAUUAUCUGACAGCACCAAACCCACCGUCAGUCCGCGAGGAGCUCUGCACAGCCUCCCACGACACCAUCACCGUGCACUGGAUCUCCGAGGACGAGUUCAGCGUCAGCUCCUACGAGCUGCAGUACACCAUCUUCACCGGCCAGGCCAACUUCAUCAGUCUCUACAACUCCAUGGACAGCUGGAUGAUCGUCCCCAACAUCAAGCAGAACCACUACACGGUGCACGGGCUGCAGAGCGGCACCCGCUACAUCUUCCUGGUGAAGGCCAUCAACCAGGCAGGCAGCAGGAACAGCGAGCCCGCCCGCCUCAAGACCAACAGUCAGCCAUUCAAGCUGGACCCCAAGAUGGCUCACAAGAAGCUGAAGAUCUCCAAUGACGGGCUGCAGAUGGAGAAGGACGAGAGCUCCUUGAAGAAGAGCCACACGCCGGAGAGGUUCAGCGGCACAGGCUGCUACGGCGCGGCCGGCAACGUCUUCAUCGACAGCGGCUGCCACUACUGGGAGGUGGUGGUGGGAUCCUCCACCUGGUAUGCCAUCGGUGUGGCCUACAAGUCAGCCCCCAAAAACGAGUGGAUCGGGAAGAACUCCUCCUCUUGGGUCUUCUCCCGCUGCAACAACAACUUUGUGGUGCGGCACAACAACAAGGAGAUGCUGGUGGAGGUGCACCCGCAGAUGAAGCGCCUCGGUGUGCUCCUGGACUACGACAACAACGCGCUCUCCUUCUACGACCCGGCCAACUCCCUCCACCUGCACACCUUCGAAGUCUCCUUCAUCCUGCCCGUGUGUCCCACCUUCACCAUCUGGAACAAAUCCCUGAUGAUCCUGUCGGGGCUGCCCGCCCCGGAUUUCAUCGAUUACCCCGAGCAGCAGGAGUGUAACUGCAGGCCCCAGGAGUCCCCGUACGUGUCAGGAAUGAAGGCGUGUCACUAGGCUGCCAGGCCUGCCGUGCCCCGUGGCAGCGCUGGUGGCUGCCGGAGCUGGCAGCCGUGCCGGAACGCCGCUGGCGAGCUCCACACCCAGCUCCACCUUAUUUUCAUGGAAAAGUGGAAGAACCUGGAACCACGGCUGGAAAGGAACUGCUGUUGGUGAGCUCCGGAGUGUGCGAGAGCGGCUGGAGCGGCUCUGUGGCGCCGGCUCCCAUCUCUCCCCAAGUGGAUUGUACCUGGAUGGUUCUGUCUUCCCUUGGGGGCUGGAAGGGCCAGGGCAGCUUUCAGGGUGACCUGAGGUGCCACGGUGGUCAGGGAAUGGCUCGUGCGUCCCACGAGGUGCAGGCUGGGCAGGAGCGAUGGGCUCUGGAGCCCACUGACAGCUGGUGUGAGGACCCAGAGCGUGAGCAGCACUUUCCAGGCAGGACUUUCCGUGUGGCUGAGGCUCGCUGGCUUCCCUGGUGGGGUGGAUAAGACUUGGAGCCCUCGGGCUCGGUGAGCCCUGGCAGCAGUUGUGUGGUGGUCCCGUGGAGGGAGGGUGGUGAUGGUCUGUGUGAGUGAAGGUGGCACUGAGAGUGCUCCCCAUGGCUGUCCAUGCUGCAGGUGGCAUGCUCCUGACGCAUUUCUGGGGUCCUGCAGUGGGGAGCCGUGGACCCCCAGCCCACCAGCUCCUCCUUUGAGAGCUCCCCAGUAACAGGGGAGGCCUGCAUCCUUGAGGAGCUUUGGCCCCUGGCACAGAGGUUUGGCAGCUGCUCCUUCCUGAUGAGGGUCUGGCUGGCAGUGCCCUGCUCCACACAGGCCUCCAUUAGUGUUCUGUCUGGUGUCCCAGCAGCAAAAACUCAUCUUCCUACUCUGAACCCGCACUAGAGUCCUGCUCAAAGACCACCUCUAUGCUCUAUGACCCAAAAUCUCAAUUUAUGACCCCAAAUGUUGACUUCUGGUUUGUUCUCCAUCAUCCCAGGGGGUUGAGCUGAAUGCAUUUAAAGAUCCCCUCCAGCUCAAACUAUUCCAUGAUUCUGUGGUGGUGUGAGUGUGGAACCAUCCUGUUUGCUCUGUGGCCGAGGACAGAGUCUGUCCCUGAGGCUCAGGGUUGAAUUCAUCUGGAGCCAGUUCAGAAUUCCUCUGGAGACCCCUCCCAGUGCCCCGGCCAAGGGGAUAUGUGUGGGUGACUGCUGGUGACAGCAUUGCCCAGGAAGAGAGUACAAAGGAGCCCAUUCCUCAGCACAGCAUCUCUCAUGUGUGGGGCUGAGGUUUUUGGAAAAGGGAGGUGGGCAGCAGCUCAGGAAAAGGAUCUACUGCCGGCCCUGCCAAGCUGAGAGGGUUUCCCCUGAUUCAGGCUGCUGCCUCGUGGUGCCUGGCAGGGCAAGCCCAGGGGAUGCAGGUCUCCUUCAGAGUCCUGCUGAGCACAGGGGCAGCUGCGCUCGCUUCUCCCAGCCCCGGCUGCAGGAGCUCGGGGAGGGUCCAGCGGGGCGUGUCUGCUGUCCCCACAGCCUGGCACGGCCCCCCUUCACUCUGGGAGGUUAAAGCACCCUUUGGAGAUGGAUGUUUGUCACGGGAAGGUCCCGUGGGGCUGCUCAUGCUGUGCCAGCCCGGGGGACAUCAGGCACUGGAGGUGGAUGUUGGCCCUGGGAGCGCUCGGCAUCCUCGGCUCAGAGACCACGAGCCCUUAACGUGACAUUUGCACCUGAUGAAAUUGCACUAAUUGUGGGACCCCCUGGCCCCCACAUGUGUCUGGAAGCCGGCCAGGAGGGGCUGGGGGAGCCCCACACCCCGAGCAGGGGCUGGGGGCUUUCCCAGGCACCCACACUGUGGUACUGAAAGCAGAGCCCACCCAGUUGUCACCGUGAUUUGGGGAGCAGCAGCCCCAUCCCUGGGCCCUGCUCAGGACAUGGAGAGGGGCUCAGGUGCUGGUUCCUCUGCUCCUGGUGACACCAGUGUCCAGGUUUGGGGUGUGUGCACUCCUGGCUCCCCUCAGCCUCCCCUUCCAUGUCUAACAUUCCUGCUUCCGUUUUGUUUGGGGGGAGGGCUGUUCUUCCUGGUGGGUUUUUCCCUCGGUUUUGUUGUUUGUUUUUUUUUGCAACUUCUUUGUUAAUGUGUGUACAUAUAUAUAUAUAUAUAAAUAUAUAUAUAAAAAUUAUAAUAUAAUAUAUAUAUGUUACUGGGUAUGUCUGUGUGUGAGGGAGGCCAUAAGGUGAGGAUAGGCCUGGGAUCUUCUUGCUGGCCAUCAGUGUUCCCCAAACCUGGCAAAACAUAUGGCUGUGCAUCCACAGGAGCAGAGGGGAUUUGUGGUACCACCCUGCAGCAGCUUUCCCUGUGCUGGGCUCAGCCCAGCCUGGGGAGCCCGUGGGGUGGCCAGGCACAGCUAAAGCUCCAUCCAAAAACAUCUGUACACAUAAAUAUUCAGCACCCUGCUGCCUCCCCUGGAAGAUGUCUCGUUAUCCAGGACACUGAGUGUGCCAGCCUGCCCUUUCCACAGUCCUGGAUGGCCACAGGGACUCUGGACAUCUCUGAGUGUCACCCACGCCCUGCUGGUGCUCCCCAGUGCCGUGGGGAGGGUGGGGAUGGAGCUGGUGACAGCCCCCCCAGCACAGAGCCCCUCUCGAGCACAGGGACCAGCAGGGAAGAGCUGGGGGUUCUCCUCUCCCCCAGCCCCUGCCCUGGCUCACAUCCUCGGGGUCCCCCACGAGCCCCCCAGAGGGGAAUGGCCCUGGGGAGGGGAUGCCCCGUGCUGGAAUGGGGCCAGCGGGCAGAAGCUGCUGGAGAAGAGGCAGCACAGGCACUCAAACCUGCAGAAGGCAGAGCCCAUUUCUGGAGCACAAGUGCCUAAAAUAUUUAUUCAGUGGAAGACAUACGGUGCAAA